CGCGCAAGUGCGUGAAAGGGAGAAGUGAUAAGGAAAUUAUUUGAUGAAAAUUUUUCGAUUUUACUCAGUAAUUAAAAAUAAUUAAAAGCAUAAUAACAUUCUUCAGAAGCCACGUGGCCAAAGGCCUCUUUUAAUAUCUUGGAAAAUUAUAAAAUUUAAAAUAGUUUGAAUCAUGUUUGGCCAAACAGGCUUUGGCACCAGUGCAGCACCGGUGUUUGGUGCAAACACUUCGGUUUUUAAUACAAAACCCGCUGUAACACAACCGACAAAUUUAUUCGGUAACACAACAGGAGGUGGUGUUUCUGCUUUUGGCCAACCGGCAACAACUCAACCAUCAUUCGGUGCAUUUGGCAAUACAAAUACAAAUGCAAAUUUAUUUGGAAAUCAAACUGCAGUGAGUACAAAUUUAUUUGGAACCACAUCGACUCUCGCCUUUGGUCAAGCUAAUAAACCAGCUGGUUUUGGAUUUGGAGCAACUGGCAAUUCAACUCUUUUUGGUCAACCACAACAAACACCACAGCAAACAACACCCUUUGGUCAGGCAAAUAAACCAGCUGGUUUUGGAUUUGGUGCAACAGCGUCGACAAAUCUUUUUGGUCAAACACCUCAAACUACACCAUUUGGUCAGACAAACACCACAGCAAAUGCGGGUCUUUUUGGAAAUGCCAGUGGAUUUGGUGCAACAAAUACAGCGAAUAAUAUGGUUGGAACAUAUAUUAAAUUUACACCAUUCACAGGAACUGAUUCAAUGAUGAAAAAUGGAGUUCCUCAGACAAUUCAGACGAAACAUCAUUGUAUCACUUGUAUGAAGGAGUAUGAGACUAAAUCAUUGGAGGAGUUGAGAUUUGAGGAUUAUACUGUUGGCAGAAAAGGUGGAGCGCAAGCUCAAACAACAGGACUUUUCGGUGCAGCGGCACAACCAUCGCCAUUUGGAAAUACAAAUCCAGUGGCAAGCACGUCAUCAUCAACAUUCGGUGGAAUUGGCGGUGGAUUUGGUGCAACGAGUCAAUCGGGAGGAACUAAUCUUUUUAAUAAGCCAAUUACUGGUUUUGGUGCACCAGCAACGACAACAAGUGCUUUUGCUUUCAAUGCAACACCGUCGACAAAUUUGUUUGGUACGAACACUCAGGCGAAACCAUUUGGUGCAACACCGCCAGCAACAUUAUUCUCUACGGCAACAACAGCUCCAACGGCGACGGGUUUUGGUACAACACAAACAAGCGGUUUUGGAACGUUUGGCGCCGCACAACCAAAUCAAAGUAUCGGACUGUUUAAUCAAAAUAAAUCCGCUUUUGCAAUGCCAGCGUCAACGGCAAGCACUGGUUUUGGUGGUUUUGGUCAGGCAACAACAACAAACACCGGGACAAAUUUAUUUAGCGCAAAACCCGCUGGAACAACUGGUUUUGGUGCAACACCUGCUUUUGGCGCGACAACAGCGCCUGCUUUUGGUCAAACACUUGGUUUUGGCGCUAAUCAGAAUACAAAUACAACUUUGUUUAAUAAUUCCUUUAAACCGGCGGGUCAAACAACAGGAUUUAGUUUUGGUAAUGCGGGAACGACUAAUGCACUUGGGACAAAUAACACCUUGAAUUUGGGCGGUGGAACUUCGUUGUUUAAUCAACAGAAACCUGGCGGUUUGUUUGGAACAACAGGAACGGGAACAGGUUUCAAUAGUGCCGGUGCUUUUGGUACAUCAACAAAUUUUGGAAGUGGUUCAAGUGCAAUAACACAAUUUGGUUCCGUAUUGGGCAGUGGUUUGGGUACAAAUCAAAAUCCCCAAACUAAUGGUACAGUUCCGGUACAUCAGCAAAUUUUGGCAUUAGUCUCAGCGCCAUUUGGUGAUUCGCCACUUUUGAAGAAUUUAUUGCCCGCCUCGGGUAAAACCGAGGAACUUAUUAAACCACCAAAUCCAUUGAAUCGUACACUAAAUAGUCCACAAUAUAAAGUGACGACAACAAAUAAUUCACCGAAAAUUAAGGCAAAAGUUGUGACAGCUGGACAUUUAUCGAAAAAAUCAUUGUUUGAGGGACUCGAGGAAGAGGAUCCAUCGCUAUUGGAGGCAUUUCAACCACGACCCAAUGCAAAACGUCUUGUUUUGCGACAAAAAUCGACAAUUUCGACACCAUCGGAGGAAAACAAUACAGUUGUUAAUAAUACAAAUGUUGAAAAUGUCAGUCCUAGAAAUGGUGAAACGAGUCCUCAACAAGUUGAAUUGUUUAAUAAUAAGGAAUUACGUCGUUUAUCAUCGGAUCGACGAUCAUCGACAUCUUGGUUAAAAUCGACAAUUCCGAGAAAAAAGACACAAGACGAGGAUGAUUUGGAUGUUCCACAGUCACCGUUCAGAGGUUCGGAUUUACCUGAAGAAUCCAUGGAUAAUACAGUUCAGGAAUUGAGAUCUUCACAAAAAUUUGUCUCGUUAUUUGCACAAAAUUCCCCCGCGAAUAAUGUAUCGCUUACUCAAGAUAAAAGUGUCAAUGAAUCAGGUGAACGUGAUUCAGAAUCGGAGCGUGAAUUAGAUGAGACACCAAUUUCGUCUUCACAAUUGGAAAAUGUAACUCGAUUGUGUCAAGUGAAAUUACAACGUGUUGGUUACUAUACAAUACCACCUUUGGAUGAAUUAGACGAUUAUGUGUGCGGUGAAUCGUGUUUGGUGCCAAAUUUCACAGUUGGACGUAAAGGCUACGGUAAUGUUUAUUUUCCUGAAUCUUUUGAUGUUUAUGGAUUGAAUUUAGAUGAAAUUGUUCAUUUUCGUCACAAGGAGGUGAUUAUUUAUCCAGACGAUGAGAAAAAACCACCAAUUGGUCAGGGUUUAAAUCGUAAGGCUCAAGUGACAUUGGAUCGUGUUUGGCCUCAUGAUAAAACUCGCCACGAGCCAAUUGUCGAUCCACAUCGUCUUCAGGAAAUGAAUUACGAGGGUAAAUUGAGACGUGUGUCAGCUAAACACGAUACGAGAUUUCUUGAAUAUCGGCCUGAAACUGGAUCAUGGGUUUUUAAAGUUGAUCAUUUUUCCAAAUAUGGUUUAAGUGAUUCAGAUGAUGAUGAUGAGGAAAGUGAGGUACAGAGUUCGGAUGUGAAAAAAUUGAAAAUGAAACCGAGAAGAAAAUCACAGGAAUUGAAAGAGGAUCAAGUGGCAAAGAAAGAUCAAUCGGUGAAUGAAUCAAUUGAUUCAAGAAAUGAAGGUUUGCGUGGUGAUUAUUUCCCAAAUUUUUAUGCAUGUGCGAAAGAUUGUUGGUUUGAAAAGCCACAACAAUCGGCAUUGAGUCCAACGUCAAUGUACGCUCGUAUUAUUGGUACCGAUAGUCAUAAAUUACAAAUGAUGAAAGCCGAUUUAUUUGAAUCGAACAGUGAUGAUUAUGCAUUUGACGAGACAAUGGAUCGUGAAUUACCAGCGAGGGAAAAAUUGAGUGUUGAUUAUCAUGCAACAGUGAUGGAACAAAUUCCUGUACUUCGUUCGAAUUUGACACUUCAAGGAUCGUUUGGAAUGGAGACAAUGAUGCAAGAGGAGAAGGAAGUGAAAUCAAAGCAAGUGGAGGAGAUACCAGCUGUGAAACCAGCGAUUUUUAGUAAAGUUCUACCACCGCCUGUGGUGAGGCCAAAAACAGUGAUUUUAAAAUCCAGAACUGAAGUUAUACCACUGCAGGAUUCGAUAAUUGAUCGUUUGCGUUCGCGUUGUUUGGCUGAUCAUGGAAUUAUGAUGGGGAGAAAAUUUAAGCCAAGCUGGGGACCUGGAUUGACGUUGAUUUCAUUGAGUACACAGGAACAGGCGUCGAAAGUGUCGUUGAGAAAUUGUGUGAGUCAAUUGGGUUCUUAUUUGUCAGGACGAUUUUUGGAUGAUAUGACAUCGACGAGUAUUGUUCAAAGAUUGCAAAUAUUGGGUGGUAGUGGAGUGGAACCGAGUUAUUUGAUGACAUUCAAGGACAGUAUUCAGGGACAUUUGAAGGUACAAUUGGAAUAUUGUAUUAUGGGUCAGGAGGGUGAUUGUCCAGCAAUUGGAGCAGCUACGGGAUCAUCGGGAAUUUCUGCUCUACAUGCACAUUGUAAAUUGGCACAAGAAUUUGGAAGUAAUCAAUCGAUGGUUGAUAAUUUAAUUGAGGGGGAUAUUGACAAGAUGGCAAAAUAUGCGAGUGACGUUUGGCGAUUGUGUGUUGCACUUUGGGGAAAUUUGCCCGAUAUUGAUAAACAUGAUGACAAGGAGGCGCACAAGAGUGUGAUGGUGAGAAAAGAGGCAUUCAGCGAAUGGUUACAAUCGGUUGUGGAGAAACCAGUGAAAGUUAGACUCAAUGAUAUUGUCUCGGAGGAUAAUAUUAUGUUUGAAUUGCUCACGGCGAAUAAAUUGGAGGACGCUUGUUUCUUGGCAAGAAAAGUUGUUGGCGAUCAUUGUUUGGCGUUGCUUAUGUCACAAUUGGGUGGCUCAACUAUUGUGAGGGAAUUUAUUAAACAGCAACUUGCACUCUGGCAGGAGACUGAUGUUGAUGGUGAUUUGUCGAUUUAUCGAUUGAAAUUGUUUAUGUUGGUUGCUGGUGAGCCGUUGAUUUGCAGUAAACAGGGGACGAUAAAUGUUUGUGAGAAUCUCGAUUGGAAGAGGGCAUUGGCAAUUCAUUUGUGGUAUUUGUCACAACCGACAGCGUCAAUUACUGAUGCUUUGGAACUUUAUGAAAAUGCAUUUAAUACGAAACCAAGUGAAGUUUAUGCGGCUGAACCACGCCCUGAUUAUUCAUUGGAUGAUUAUGAAACGGAACUUGAUAGUGGAAAAUCAAUUUUUGAUUUAUGUUUUCAUUUGAUGAAACUUUAUUGUACUGGUAAUCAUCCAUUGGAGGAAGUGUUGAAUCCAUUGACACAUACGGCUGAUCCAUUGGAUUAUCGACUUUGUUGGUUGAUGCAACAGAUGCUUGUUGGUUUGGGUUAUACACAUUUGUCGGAUUAUGUGACUGCGCUCACUCAUGCUAAUUUUGCUGCUCAAUUGGAAACUUAUGAUUUAUGGCACUGGGCAAUUUUUGUCGUUUUACAUUUGCAAGAUUCUGGAAGGAGGAAAAGUGCUGUUUUGGAUUUAUUAGCAAGACACGUGGAGUUGGACGAGACUGAGGAUUAUGUGAAAAGGGAAAAUUUCUUGUCCGAGGAACUUGGAAUACCUUCAAUUUGGAUCAAUCAGGCUAAAGCAGUCAAGGCUUGUGCUUCGAAACGAUAUGGAGAAGCUGCUUGGUAUUUAACUCAAGCUGAACAAUGGAAUAAAGCUCAUGAAAUUAUAAUUGAUCAUCUUGCAGCUGACGCUAUUAUAAAUGAAAAUUAUGAUUAUCUCAAAUCGCUUUUGACGCCCUUAAUUCAAGAGGAAUGUAAUAAUGUUAUCAGCGGUUGGGCACAUCAAGGACAACUUUUGUGGGACUAUAUUGAAGUAACAAAUGAAAUAAAAAUGCUUUUGGAAACACCAGAUUGUAACGUAAUUGGUUAUAAACUAGAACUUUUGCAGCCACAGUUAACUUCUCUUUGUGCAAAAAUUAGUUUAUUUCCAUGUCCUACCGCAAAACAUAGAUUGUGUCAAGCAGAGAUAGCUAAAAGGACUCUUCAAUUGGCCCGAAGUUUAUUGAUGUUACAGUCAAAUGAUAUUAAAUUAACGGGAAAAGUUUUAGUACACUUAAUUUCACAGCUACCAUUACCAGAAGAUUAUACACAACAGGAGCUUCGACCCAUUAUAAAUAUGUACGCCAACGAAGUAGUACGCUAGACAAAAAAACAUCUAAUUCACAACUAAAGUUUUCUUUUAAAAUUAUAAAAGUUAAUUUUUGAAUAAUGACGAAUUAUUUUGAUAGCAUUGACAGUGUUAGGUACAUCGUCUAUUCUAGAGUAAUUUAUUUUUAUUAAUUUCUAAAAGAAAAAAAAAGCAAAAACAGUGAUGAAUUAAAAAUGGUGAAGUCAUAAAUUAGAAUAAGUAGGAAUUGGAAAUUUUUCAUUCCUUUGAAACUAAAAAAAAAAAUGUUACUACAAAAGAAGAAGAAAAAAGGGAAAAACUAGACAAUUUUCUGGAUAGUAAUAAUGUAUUAAAAAACGUAACAAAAAGUAUCUUACACACAUACACAUUAAAAUAUUUUGUUUACCUUUGAAACUAGAUUAAGUUAUGUAAUCAUAAUUUGAAUCUUUUAUAAGUUGUGUAAUCAUAAUUAGAAUUGUUAAUAAGUUAUGUAAUAAUCAAGUAUGGUUUUAUAUCGUACAAUUUGUUAACGAUCAUAGUAUCAUUAGUAAAUCACUUUAUUAGACUUCAUCUCUUUUAUAUUAUAAAAUCGUAAUUGAAAAGGGAAAAUGAAAAAAAUGUAUAAAAGAAAUACGUCAUAAAUCAAAUCUACGAAUAUUUUUUUGACAGUUGUAUUAUAAAGGUAUCAUUCAUUAUUUCUUUUUGUUAUAGAAAAAAAUACCCUUAUUUGUACGAUUAUUUUAUUAAAACUGUACUUUUAGAUAUUUUCUAUGUAUAUUGUAUUAUGGAUUGAUAUCCAGAAUUUUUGGUUCUAAUUUUAAGAAAGAAAAAUCAAUUUUUGAGAAAGCGCGAAACAUUCUAAAUAAAGGCAAAUUAAUACUGUAA